AUGUCAACCAAAGCGACGAGCCUCUCAGCAGAAGAGAUUCUUCGCCAUCCCGCAUACAAGACGACGCAAUGGGAUCUUAAACCCAGGCUAUCGGGCUUCGCGACGGUGGCCGAGUCUCGUCCAGGUGGGCCAUUCCCUAUGUGGUACGAAGUUCACGGCCGAGGACCAAAGAAAAUUGUCUGGAUCAUGGGCCUCGGUGGUAGCCGGAACCUGUGGAAGCGUCAGAAUCGGCACUUUGGGCAUCUGCGUGGCGAGGAGUACAGCUCCCUUGUCUUUGAUAAUCGCGGGGUGAGCAAGUCGGCCAAGCCAACUUGCAGGUACAGCACCUUGGAUAUGGCCAAGGACCUCGUCGAACUGCUGAGGCACAUUGGGUGGCUCGAUACUGAUUCUCAGUACUACCCGCGAGACUUGAACAUUGCAGGAAUCAGCUUAGGUGGCAUGAUUGCGCAAGAACUUGCGCUUCUGAUACCUCAACGAUUGCAAUCGCUGAUUCUUAUCUCUACGGCUCCCCGCCUGAUUCGAACCGUUCACACGUUCGAGCAUAUGAAACAACGAGUCGCCAUGUUUCUUCCCACAGCAGUUGACGUAGAGCUCAAGAACAAGGCCAGUAGGCUGUUCACUAUGAGCUAUCUCAAUGCGCCGGACACCGGAUCCCUGGACCCAGAAAAAACAUUUCCCACCAACCUUGACCGCUUUGUGGCAGAGGAACUCGCAGAGCGUUGCGAAGAUACCGACUUUUCUCGGAGGAAAGGCGUCGUGCUACAGGCUAUCGCCGCUGGAUGGCAUCACAAGAGCGACGCAGAUCUCGCAAGAAUAGGGGACGAAGUAGGCAGAACCCGAAUCUUGGUGAUGCACGGGACUUUUGACGAAACCAUUACCUUUCCGCAUUUUGAGCUAAUCAGGGCUGCGUUGGGAGACGGGCCGGAGUAUAUUGCUUGGAAAGACUGUGGCCAUGUGCCGUUGUGGGAAAGAGAGGAGGAAUUCAACGAGACCGUAAGACUGUUCAUUGACAAGACAAUCCCAGUUUCGGCCAGUCUCUAG